CUCCGAGUGUGUCUGGUGUCUGUCAAAAGUCGGAAAAAUUGCAAAAAUGAAAAUUGCAAAAAACAAAGAAUUCUGCAAAUACUGAAGGUGAUGAAAAACUGAAAAAAGUGAAUUAAAUUGUUGCCCAAAUCCUGAAAAAAGGAUCCCGGAGAGUAUGAUUAGAGCCACCGGCGAAUCCAACUGAUGUACUCCACAAAAGCUUCGUGAAUGUUCAACUUAUAUAAAACCAGUGGAAAUAUCUCCAACAUACAGUAUCGUGCCAAAGCUAUAUCCACGUCUCCAGUUGUCCGCAAAAUGGCUGGCAUAGCACUCUCCGUGGUUGUGGAGAAACUGAAUGAAUUCGCUCCGGAGAACCUCGCGGAAAAGUGGGACAACGUAGGGUUACUGAUUGAGCCGUUCACCAAAAGAAAUGUUAAUAAAAUUCUCCUAACGAACGAUCUCACUGAGAAUGUAAUGAGUGAAGCUAUGGCAAGGGGAUCCGACAUGAUCAUAUCCUACCAUCCGCCAAUAUUUGCUCCUCUCAAGAGGAUCACGCAAAAGUCCUGGAAGGAGCGUAUCGUAUCGAUUUGUCUGGAAAAUAAAAUCGCACUGUAUUCACCACACACCAGCUGGGACAGCGUCACUAAUGGAGUAAACGAUUGGUUGGCCGCCGCCUUGCCGUUGGCCAGUGCUCAACCCGUUUUGGAGAAUCUGUCCAAUCCGUCGAUCGGUGCCGGAAGACUUUGUGUCAUCCAGGGUGAAUUGACCCUAGGGGCAGCUAUCGACAGAAUAAAGGCCUACACGAAAUUGAAAGACUUGAAGGUAGCCGUAGCGGUCAACAGAAACUUGGAGUCACCGAUACGGACGUUCUCUGUUUGCGCUGGAUCGGGUACCAGCGUGCUGAAGGGAGUCAAGGCUGAUCUUUACAUUACAGGAGAAAUGUUUCACCAUGAUGUCCUGGACGCGAACCACCAGAAUAUCCACGUAAUCUUGCUCAACCAUAGCAAUUCAGAGCGAGGUUAUCUGCCGAUAUUCAGAGAAAUUCUGCGCAACAUGCUGAAGGACUACCAAGCCAUCCAGAUCGACGUCUCUGAGCAGGACGCCGAUCCGUUGCAGACCUACUGAUUUCCGGUGUACCACUGGUAACACACGCAGCAAGACCCUGGCCAAUUGCAACAGCAGCAGCAUCAGCACCAGCAGCUGCAGUCGCAAUUGGCCAGUGGUAGCGGCGCCCUCACCAGUGGCAACCACCCAGCAAUCCAGCAAUCAGCGGUCAACGCUCCACGACAAGCCCCUGCCAAGCAGAAGAGAGUCGUUUGCAGCAACAAGAAGCGAAAAACUAAAUAAUCUAAUCCUGUUUCGUCGUAGGCGGAACGAUAAAUAAACUUGCUCUUUAGAGAA